CUAUCAGCAAAUCAAGUCAAGCCAAAAAAAAAAAAUAUGAGUGAUCAAAGCUCAUCAGGAAAAAAUCAACAUGUUGCAGUUUUGGCAUUUCCAAUUUUCCAUUUGGCUGCCAUCCCUGGCCUUUACUCAACCUAACUUCCAGAUUAGCAUCGGCCGCCCCUGACGUGAGUUUCUCCUUCCUCAACACUGCCAAAUCCAACCAAAAGCUCUCUGCCACCUCAGGAGCUCACCUCCCACAUAACCUUAAAUCCUACGAUGUUGCGGAUGGCGUGCCGGAGGGACAUGUCCUCACUCCCGGGAAUCCCCUCAAGGAAGCGGAUCUGUUCCUUGAGGCUGCACCUGAGAGCUUCCAAAAAGGCAUGGAUAUGGCAGUGGCCGAGACUGGGCAGCGAAAGAUCACCUGCAUCUUGAGCGAUGCUUUCUUGGUCUUUGGCUGCGAUAUGGCUGCGGACAUGCAUGUAAAGUGGGUCCCUUUAUAUGUUCCCGCACCCUACGACCUCUCUGCCCACAUUUACAGUGCUCUCAUCCACGAGACUUAUGCUAAAGCUUGCGGUGGCGGUGAAGCUCAUGGUAAUGGCGGUGCAGGGGGAGAUCUAAACCCUAUUGACAAAACCCUGGAUGCCAUUCCAGGACUCUCCGUAAUGCGCUUCGGGGACUUACCCCCAGAAGAGUAGUUCUAUAGGCAAACGGCAAAUGUAAGCGGCACGCAGCUGACGUGGCCGUUAUUAAAAUAAUAAUAAAAUAUUAAAAUAUUUAAAAAAAAAAAAAAAAAAAAAAAA